AUGGAAGAGGGGGAAUCUAGCCAGGAUCGUCAUCAGUUACAAAUCAGAGAUCUCAAGCAUUACAUGAAGACCACAGAUAUUCCCAACAGCCUAAGAGCUCGCAUAUUAUCAACAAAAUUAACGGACCUCAUAAACGAUGCUCCCAGCACCGCAUUCACAAAAGAUAUAUUGCAAACGAUAGACAAAGUCUUUACUUACCUACAUGAUCAUCAUGGAGGUGACAUCUCAACAAUAAUCUUGAUAGAUGAUCUCCUAGAAUUAUUCAGAAAGACUUUCAUGGCUCUUCAAGAGAACAACAUUGCAAUUCCAGAAUACAUGGCUACUCUAGCUCAACUUUUUUUGAAAUCAGAAUUACAAAUUCCAUCUGAAAUAUAUGCCUUAAUCAUUGACCUUGCUGCGUCACUCAAGUUUGGGGAUUUCGAGCAUGCUCUUAACAUUGUCGCAUACAAUGCAAGGAAACUUCCGUCUGACUUCACGGAAGUUGUGCUAGAGGAUCUCAAGCUGAAGGGCCGUCUCAAUAUCGGCGUAUUCGAAGCAUUACUUACACUUGCCAGUAACAACAGCAUCAAUAUCGUCAAUGAUUCAUUUUGCACGCAGUUAUGUUCUCAUGUUGAGGAAGUUUUCAAAGAUGAGGUUCCAAACAUUCACGAGUAUGAAAAUCUCGACAAACACAUAUAUCGAAUCCAAGAGCUAACCUUCAAAACAAUGAGUUUUCUGAGCUCAUUAUCAACAAUCUCCCUUCUACGACUAUUCAACUUUUUCAAAGACAUCAACUUAGUGGUGGAAUAUAGAAAUAGGUCACAAGGAAUUGCAAGUCUUAUUCAUCAGCUAGAAUCUCGACCAUUUGACGAGCUAAUCGAAGCAUUAGAAGCGCAAGACCUCCUCGAUGAAUCGUGGAGUCAAACUCUUUUACUAGAAUUCAGUAAAAGUGGCAUUUGUCUAAAUUUGCAACAGAAUGUCGCAAAAUACAUCGCCAAAAAUGAUGUGAGGUUUUCCGCAGGAUUGAGACUACAAGCGGAGUUAUUGCUACGAUUAUCAGAGUUUGAUGACGGAAAGAAUAUCCGACUUGAAGAGAUACAGAAAAUUCUCCUCCCAUUUCAGCAUGAAGACAUUGAGAAUGCACAGGAUAAAAUUGUGGAAGCAUUAAUAUUGUCAGGCAAGAUUCUGCCUAAUGAAGAAUUUCUAUAUCAUCUUCAGCACUAUUUCAAAUCGAAUUUUGACGAGUUACCGGGAAUAGAUUCAUUCAUUAGCAGAAUUGAGGCUGCUGUGCGUAUCAAAAACGUGAAAAUGGCUAUCAACAUUUUCGAAGAAUCAUUAAAGUGUGAAACUGUCCAUUGGGAUCAUGACUCAUCCCCCCGAACGCAACUCGCUCUCAAUAAGUUGAUCAGUCUUGUGUGCGAGGACGAAACUAGCAUCAUGGAUCUUUUUCCGACAUUUCAAAAGAUCAAGCAACACAUGACUACGCCAUGUAACGCAGAAGCUAUCCAAUUGAUUGCAAAGAAAAUGCUUGAAGAGGAGUGUGUCGGAGAUGUGAUCGAGCUUUUGAAGCGCGAGUUACCAACGAUGAAUUCUGAGUCUCACAAAAGAAUUCCGCUCGUACAAAGUUGGGCCUACUCACAUCGUCAACUAUUUGAGAUCAUUCAAAAUUUCUGCAUAACUUAUGUCCAAGAGGAAACCUACGAGACAAAUUGGGUACUAUACGGAGAACUUCAUAAGUAUUUCGCUGUUCCCUUCGAUACCUAUUUACCAACAAUGAAGUUCUUCUGUGAAAAGCAGAGGCUUCAUGCGGCGCUUGUGAUAUUUCAGAGAAUAAAGCUGCUAAAUGAGCUUCAUGGAGCGCAUCAUCACCUACCGCCAUCACGGGAAAUGUACAUGUAUCUAUUCAAGACAUUUGGAGACCAUCUUUACGAGCAAGGUGUGAUUGAGUUACACGAAUAUCUCAAGAUGGAUAUAAACCUUCCUGCUACAGAUAUCGAUCUUCAGAACUGUGUUCUUGAUGCGUACUCUAAUUUGCAAAAUGUUGGCAAAGCCAGAGACUUGUUUUUGGCAAUAUCAUCCAACGUCAAAAGCGAGGGCGGUGUUAACGAGGAAACAGCACGUAUCAUGAUAAAAACAUAUACAUACAGCGAUAUGAUGUAUGUAAAGAAAUUUUGGAACAAUCUUUCCCACUUUGGAAUCUAUCCCGAUUACGGUUUAUUCAAACAGUAUGUCAUAGCACAUGUUUACCAUGGCCAUGUGGAAGAGGCUUUUGAUCUCGUUCGUGAUAUUGAUGACUAUAAUAUCGAGCUUUCAUCUGAACUUCUCUUAGCAAUGCACAACUACUGCUUGGAUCCCGAAAAACAACAGAAGGUAAUUGAAUGGGCAGCGGAAAACCACAAGGAAGAAUGGGACAAGGUUUGUCAAAGCGGUCUUUUAAGAAGGGCAUCGAAGUACAUGCCCGACAGCAAUCUUAUCACAGGGGGUAAAUAG